AUGCUACACACAUUAAAGCAGAUAUUUUCUGGGCUAUUGUAUCAUACCUGGACAGUAUUCCUGUUUACGAAGUCAAACUUCAAAGAUGCUGUCAUGCCCCUCACUGCACUCGGUAUCUUUUCUGAUCCACCAGCCACGUUCACACAUGUGUUGCACACCGCUUUCUGGAGUUGGUUCCUUACCUUCCAACACAACAUUGCUAAUCAAAUUCUUCACCCCGAGGAGGACGAACAUAACAAACCAUUUCGGCCCAUUCCUGCAAAGCGCAUCACGCUGAAGAACGCACGCAUCCUUCGUUGGGUCCUCGUACCUGCGUGCCUUGCGCUCUCCGCAUAUUAUAGCGUGGAGGUGCUUUACCAGUGCAUCCCUAUAUGCAUCCUCUUCUUCGCCUACAACGACUUGGACCUUAAUAACCAUUGGUUUCUGCGAAACGCUAUACUUGCAGCAGAGCAGUGGUUCUUUGGGAUUGGUGUUUGUCUCAUUGCUGGUACCAACCGCCACGAAUUGGACAACGUUAGCAAACUGUCCUCGUUCCUCAGUAUGUUGAUGCUUGCGACUACAUUCCACGCGCAGGAUUUCAGAGAUACGGUCGGGGACAAACUUGUCGGACGCAAGACAAUCCCUAUCGUUUGGCCCAGAGCCUCUCGCCCUACACUUCUGCUCAUCCUGCUCGCCUGGUCCUCUGCGUUGUGCGUGAUAUGGAAGGUUGCAUUGAUCCCUGCUUUGGCGUAUCAUUUGCUGGCUUUGGCUGUUGGAUGCGCGUACUUGACGUUCCCAAGCAGUAAAGCGGACGAUUGGAGUUACUUUUUGUACAACGUUUGGUUGUCAGUCGGAUAUGCAGGCCCUGCAUACUACCGCCUCGUGGCGGCCAAGCAAGCUCCAUUUGCAUACGAGUAA